CGGGUCCGCCCCCUAUUGUGUGGCUGCGGGAGUGGAGCCGAGCGGUGCAGAGCAGAUCUGGUGGUUCUUGAGAGAACAGCGUCUGGAGGGGUUGCAUGAGCCAAACCCUUAGAGUUUGGACGAGUGGGAGUGGAAAGCUGCUACGGAGGCCCAUCAGCAGAAGCGACCCCAGCGUGCUGGGCAGAAGACCUCACUCGGCCCCUCCAACUGAGCUCCUGUGGCUAGGAGGGGCCGGGUAAGCGGGAGAGCUGGGCUAUGGUUUGGUGCCUCAGUCUGGCCAUCCUCAGCCUGAUCAUCAGCCAGGGGGCUGACGGUCGAGGGAAGCCUGAGGUGGUCUCUGUGGUGGGCCGGGCUGGGGAGAGUGUGGUGCUGGGCUGCGACCUGCUGCCCCCGGCCGGCCGGCCGCCCCUGCACGUCAUCGAGUGGCUGCGCUUUGGAUUCCUGCUUCCCAUCUUCAUCCAGUUUGGCCUCUACUCCCCGCGCAUCGACCCUGAUUACGUGGGACGAGUCCGGCUGCAAAGGGGGGCGUCACUGCAGAUCGAGGGGCUGCGGGUGGAAGACCAGGGCUGGUACGAGUGCCGCGUGCUCUUCCUGGACCAGCACAGCCCCGAAGAGGACUUUGCCAACGGCUCCUGGGUGCACUUGACAGUCAACUCACCCCCUCAAUUCCAGGAGACGCCUCCCCUGGUGCUGGAAGUACAGGAACUGGAGCCUGUCACCCUGCGCUGUGUGGCCCGCGGCAGCCCCCAGCCUCACGUGACUUGGAAACUCCGAGGACAGGACCUUGGCCAGGGCCAGGGUCAAGUGCAAGUGCAGAACGGGACGCUGUGGAUCCGGCGGGUGCAGCGUGGCAGCUCUGGGGUCUAUACCUGCCAGGCCUCCAGCACCGAGGGCAGCGCCACCCAUGCCACCCAACUGCUGGUGCUAGGAGCCCCCAUCAUCGUGGUGCCCCCCAGGAACAGCACGGUCAACGCCUCCCAGGAUGUGUCCCUGGCCUGUCAGGCUGAGGCGUACCCUGCUAACCUUACCUACAGCUGGUUCCAGGACGGCACCAAUGUCUUCCAUAUUAGCCGCAUGCAGUCCCGAGUGCGGAUACUGGUGGAUGGGAGCCUGCGGCUACAGUCGGCCCAGCCUGAUGACGCUGGCCGCUACACCUGUGUGCCCAGCAACGGCCUCCUACACCCGCCUUCUGCCUCCGCCUACCUCACUGUGCUCUACCCAGCCCAGGUGACAGCAAUGCCUCCUGAGACACCCCUACCCGUGGGCAUGCCAGGGGUGAUCCGGUGUCCGGUUCGUGCCAAUCCCCCACUGCUCUUUGUCAGCUGGACCAAGGAUGGGCAGGCCUUGCAGCUGGACAAGUUCCCAGGCUGGUCCCAGGGCACAGAAGGCUCGCUGCUCAUUGCCCUGGGAAAUGAGGAUGCCCUGGGAGAGUACUCCUGCACCCCCUACAACAGUCUGGGUACUGCCGGGCCCUCCCCCGUGACCCGCGUGCUGCUCAAGGCUCCCCCAGCCUUUGUAGAACGGCCCAAGGAAGAAUAUUUCCAAGAAGUAGGGCGGGAGCUACUCAUUCCCUGCUCCGCCCAGGGAGACCCCCCUCCUACAGUCUCCUGGGCCAAGGUGGGCCGGGGGCUGCGGGGCCAGGCCCAGGUGGACAGCAACAGCAGCCUCGUCCUGCGACCACUGACCAAGGAGGCCCACGGGCGCUGGGAAUGCAGUGCCAGCAAUGCGGUGGCCCGAGUGGCCACCUCCACAAACAUCUACGUGCUGGGCACCAGCCCCCAUGUGGUCACCAAUGUGUCCGUGGUGCCUUUGCCCAAGGGUGCCAACGUCUCCUGGGAGCCUGGCUUUGACGGUGGCUAUCUGCAGAGAUUCAGUGUCUGGUACACCCCACUGGCCAAGCGUCCUGACCGAGCCCACCACGAUUGGCUCUCCCUGGCAGUGCCUGUGGGCGCUGCUCACCUCCUGGUGCCAGGGCUGCAGCCCCACACCCAGUACCAGUUCAGCGUCCUGGCUCAGAACAAGCUGGGAAGUGGGCCCUUCAGCGAGAUCGUCUUGUCUGCCCCUGAAGGGCUUCCUACUACACCACCUGCCCCCCAGCCGCCCCCAACAGAGAUGCCGCCUCCCUUGUCCCCUCCCCGAGGUCUGGUGGCAGUGAGGACACCCAGGGGUGUCCUCCUGCAUUGGGAUCCCCCAGAACUGGUCCCUCAGAGACUGGAUGGCUAUGUCCUAGAGGGACGGCAAGGCUCCCAGGGCUGGGAGGUGCUGGACCGGGCUGUGGCGGGCACAGACGUACAGCUGCUGGUGCCAGGCCUCAUCAAGGAUGUUCUCUACGAGUUCCGCCUCGUGGCCUUUGCGGGGAGCUAUGUCAGCGAUCCCAGCAACUCCGCCAACGUCUCCACCACCGGCCUGGAGGUCUACCCAUCGCGCACUCAGCUGCCGGGCCUCCUGCCCCAGCCGGUGCUGGCCGGCGUGGUGGGCGGGGUCUGCUUCCUGGGCGUGGCCGUCCUCGUGAGCAUCCUGGCCGCCUGCCUCAUGAACCGGCGCAGGGCCGCCCGCCGCCGCCGCAAGCGGCUGCGCCAAGAUCCACCCCUCCUCUUCUCUGCACCAGGGAAGUCAGCUCCGCGCUCUGCUCCCGGCUCUGGCAGCCCCGACAGCGUGGCGAAGCUGAAGCUCCAGGGAUCCCCAGUCCCCAGCCUGCGCCAGAGUCUACUCUGGGGAGAGCCCGCCCGCCCCGCCACCCCCCACCCAGACCCGCCACCUAGCCGGGGACCCUUGCCUCUGGAGCCCAUUAGCCGGGGCCCAGAUGGGCGCUUUGUGAUGGGACCCACCGUGGUGCCCCCACAAGAAAAGCCGGGCGCAGAGCGGGCAGAACCUCGGACGCCAGCCCGGCGGCUGGUCAGGUCCUUUGACUGUAGCAGCAGCAGCCCCAGUGGGGCACCCCAGCCCCUCUGCAUUGCAGACAUCAGCCCCGUGGGACCCCCUCCGGCAGCCCCGCCCAGUCCCCUGCCGGGUCCCGGACCCCUGCUCCAGUACCUGAGCCUGCCCUUCUUCCGAGAGAUGAAUGUGGAUGGAGACUGGCCCCCCCUUGAGGAGCCCCGCCCCGCUCCGCCUCCAGAUUACAUGGAUACCCGGCCCUGCCCCGUGUCAUCUUUCCUUCGCCCCCCAGACUCCCCCUCCAGAACAGGUCUUCCUGGGGCUAUAGUGGGGGCUGGGGCCGCCUCCGAACCCCCCUACACAGCCCUGGCUGACUGGACUCUCAGGGAGCGGUUGCUGCCAGGCCUUCUCCCCGCUGCCCCUCGGGGCAGCCUCACCAGCCAGAGCAGCGGGCGAGGCAGUGCCUCCUUCCUGCGGCCCCCAUCCACAGCGCCCUCUGCUGGAGGCAGCUACCUCAGUCCUGCUCCAGGGGACACCAGCAGCUGGGCCAGCGGUCCUGAGAGGUGGACCCGAAGGGAGCAUGUGAUGACAGUCAGCAAGAGGAGGAACACAUCUGUGGAUGAAAACUACGAAUGGGACUCAGAAUUCCCUGGGGACAUGGAAUUGCUGGAGACCUUGCACCUGGGCCUGGCACGGAGACCUGAAGUGGAGCCCGAGCUAGGCAUAAAAAGUCCAGAGGAGGGCUGCCUGCUGGAUGCAGCCCGUGCGUCUGGCCCCGAGGCCCGCUGUGCUGCCCUCCGGGAGGAAUUCUUGGCUUUCCGCCGCCGCCGAGACGCCUCCAGGGCCCGGCUGCCAGUCUGCCGGCAGCCAGCCCCCCACCCUGAACAGGCCACUCUGCUGUGAACACCCCUAACACGAGCCUGGACAAAGGCUUGUGGACCCCCAGUAAGACUUCGCUCCCUCCUGCCCCAUGGUGCCCAACAGAACCUCACUGGGCUAGGGUGAGCUUGGUGUGAGAUGUACACCCUUCCGUGCUGGUGCCCUGGGCGACUGUGGGGAUUGGCACAGGGAUCCUAGAUCUGCCCCUUGUGUGUGUGUGUGCGUGCGCACACACGUGUGUGUGGUGCCGGUGGUGUGGGUGAAGUUUUUUACAGGUAA